GAAACAGUUAUUUUGACGAGUCCAGCGAGUCUCUCACGGAGUCUCUCGUUGAGGAGGGAGGGGAGAUGACAGGGCUCCGCGCAGUCUCUUCGUAAAAUGUAUUUUCCAAUUGGCUGGCCUAAGGUGUUAGACCCAAGAAUUGACAAUGGGGAAGAGCAAUACAGAAGGAUACUUUGUAAUAGGGACAGAAUACUUUUUGCAAUACUCUCAGAUUCUCAGAUAACAAUAUGGUUUUCCAAGCCACCCCUGCCCAUCACAUGUCACAAGAGGUCUCAGGAGUCACUGGAGAAACAUGGAACAAACAUUGAUCUGCAAUGGAGGCCAGACUCCUCCAUGGUUGUUGUUACGACGUCAAAGAACUUCCUCUUGUUUUUCCACCUUGCUGUGGACAACAGGAAGACAAGUGUAUACCAGCAGGUGGAUUCAUCACAGGCUGCGCUACGGCGAGAGAGUGCAGAACUCUUCUUGAAAGAGCCCAUCCCUCCAUUGGUUUUUGCCAAGGCGUUUCAGACGGGUCUCGACUCCCGGCUGACGUGUCUGACAUGUAUCCGCGACGAGCUGAUGGUGGCCACGGCCUCUGGGCACGUGCUGCGGUACCGCUGGGAUGGCACCAUCAACUACGACUACUGCCUGGACCUGCGGCGGACGCCCUUCUCCGUCAACCAGCAGGUCUCCGUCGCGGUGCCGAUCCAGGAGGCGGGCGUGCACGUGGUAGACAUGGAGUACUCGCCCCUGGUGGGCGGGUUCGCCACGGUGCUCAGCGACGGCCGGGCCGCCUUCCUCACCGCCUCAUCGCUUAAGUUCGACCCCAAUUCGGUGCAGGGGAUCUGGGCGUCGGUGCAGGACGCCACGUGCGCCACCGUCAGCCACAAGUACCGUCUGAUGGUGUUCGGUAGAGCCAAUGGCGAGUGUGUGGUCUGCUGUGUGGACGACACGACAGGCGGUCUGCAGGUGCUGCACCGGCUCAUCCUCUCCAGCAAGGACUACGCCGGAUCGCCCGGACCCGUCGGUCGUCUCUCGUGGACGCCGGACAGCUGUGCGCUGGCGGUCACGUGGCGCGAGCGGGGCCUCUCCGUGUGGUCUGUGUUCGGCACACUGCUCACGUGCACACUCUCCUGGGACGAUGACGUCAUAUCGGCGCGUGACGUCGAGUGGGGCUCCGAGGGCUACCAGCUGUGGCUACUGAACGGACGCCGCCCGGGGGAGGACGACUUCGCCAACCGGGUCAUGCAGCUGGCGUUUGUCAAGUCGGCACUCUCCGUCAACCCGUGCAUGAGUAACCAGGAGCACGUGUGCCUCCAAGGCGAGGACCGGGUGCUGAUCAGCUGUGACGACCCGGCCUCUCUGGGGGCGCCGGCCGGAGGUCACACCAUGGCCGGCAGCAAACAGUGGAUCACCGUGCCCGUGCCGCACGUCUACGUCGGAUCCAACUGGCCUAUUCGGUACACGGCGCUGGACGAGGGCGUGCAGCACGUGGCGGUGGCCGGCCGGACCGGCGUGGCGCACUACUCGCUGCUCACUCGCCGCUGGAAGCUGUUUGGAAACGAGAACCAGGAGAAGGACUUUGUGGUGACGGGCGGUCUGAUGUGGUGGCGCCAGCUGCUCAUCAUGGGCUGCUACAACAUCAACCUCAAACGCGACGAGAUCCGGUUAUACCCCCGCGAGUCUCGGCUGGACAACGCGUUCGUGCAGAUCACGCCGGUGCACGCGCAGGUGCUGCUGCUCAACCUCUACCAGGACACGCUGAUCGCCUACUCUGCCGACAGCCACAUCACGCUCUACCACAUCAAGGAGAGCUCAGCGUCCGAGCCGGCCGCCGCCGAGGUGUCGCUGAUCCAGAAUAUCGACAUCUCUGCUCUCACUGCCCACCCGGCCUGCGUGGUCUCCGUGUCGAUGUCGACGCUGCGGAUGGAGCCGAGCCGCCGGCGCUCGCCGAUCCCCCAGUCGGUGCUGGUCAACAUCUGCGGCCGACUGCUGAUGCUGCAGCGCGACCCGGACGAGGCCGGACAGCCCGUCCAGGCCGACAACAAAAUGUUCACGUCUUCUGUGCUGACGCCGACGGUGUUGGCGUCCAUGGUGGAAUCCGUCUGGUGUCCAGGCACCGUCUCACAUCGGAUGAAGCUGGCAGACGUCCUCUGGAUCAACUCGGGCCAGCACGGCAUGCGCGUGUGGCUGCCACUGUUCCCGCAGAACGACAAGGUGCACAACUUCAUGUCCAAGCGGAUCAUGCUGCCGUUCCAGUGCAGUAUAUACCCGCUAGCGGUGAAGUAUGACGACGCGGUGAUCCUGGGAGCGGAGAACGAUACGGUGGAGUUCCCCGGCAGCAAGUGUGGCCGGCUGCCCUACUGCGCCGUGGAGAGGACGAGUCAGGUGUACCUGCAGCACAUUCUGCGCCAGCUGCUGCGGCGGAACCUGGGCUACCACGCGUGGGAGAUAGCGCACCGCUACACCCACCUGCCAUACUUCUCACACGCGCUGGAGCUCCUCCUGCACGAGGUGGUGGAGGAGGAGGCCACCUCCAAGGAGCCGAUCCCUGACGCACUUCUGCCGCGCGUCAUCGAGUUUAUCCGCGAAUUUCCCGUCUACCUGGACACGGUGGUACGGUGCGCGCGCAAAACAGAGAUGGCGCUGUGGUCGUACCUGUUUGCGUCGGCCGGUCAGCCGGUACACCUGUUCCAGCAGUGUCUGCGGCGUCAGCAGCUGGACACGGCGGCCUCCUACCUCAUCAUACUGCAGAAUCUGGAGACUGCGGAGACGAGUCGCCACUACGUGACGCUCCUGCUGGAGGCCAGCCUCGAGGAGUGCCGCUGGAAACUGGCCAAGGAUCUCACUCGCUUCCUCAGGGCCAUCGACCCUGCUGACCUGGAGUCGCCGCGGGAGCUGAAGCAGCAGCUGUCGCACGUAACGCCGCCCGUAUCUCCCAACGAGGAGGACCUCUCGCUGGUGUACGGCACGCUUCAGGUCCGCGGCCGCAGCCUGAGCACCUCGGCCAACCCUCGGGUGGAACACAAGCAGGUGACUCGCACCAACAGCGACCAGCGGGCCAUGCGCCGCAAAUCGGCCGGCCAGGAGCGAGCCGAGCCAACCACAGAGGUCGCGCGGCAGCGGCUCUUCAUUGACCAGGUGCUGGAGCGGCACGCGCGCCGUCUGCUCACCCGGCGCCGGCUGAGACUGCUCGCCAGUUUCGCGGCGCACAUGGAGUUUCACCUGGUGGAGUGGCUGCGCCGCGAGCGAUGGCGCGCCGCGCUGGUUGAUGAUCUGGUGGAGGCGCUGCGUCAGCUGCACCACGACUUCCAGUGGCCGUACCCGGUGCCGCCGCAGCCGAUCGGGUUCUUCCUGGCCGCAGCGGAGACGGGUCACGGCGGGAGCACCAACGGCAAACCCGGCAGCACGGCCGGGCAGCUGCACGAGCGACUCCGGGCGCUACACGUCCACACGGGAGAUGGAGGGGACCACGCGGCACCACCGCCGCCGCUGGUCCCUCCAGAGACGCCGUCACCGGUGACACAGGACGCCCGACUGCUGCCACAUCUCGUCAAAGGCGCCAACGACACGUCCAGCAUCGUGAGUGAGGAGGGCAGCUCGACGUGGGCCGAGGAGGACGUCACUCCGCUGGAGACGCCGAACGGCUCCUCGGGAGGCGAGCUGCUGCAGCUGGACGUGGCGGCGCGCGGCACGCAGGAGGCACAGGUGCAGCUUAGGUACCUGCUGCAGAUCAUGCUGGAGGCCGAGUGCGUCGAGUGGGCGCUGCUCAUCUCCAUCGUUCUGCGGGACGCCAUGGCCGUGGUGCGAACCAUCAACCUGACCCGAGCCGGGGACGGCCUCACCCGGCUGCGCGCCGGCCUGCGCGCCCUACACACCUGGACCGUCAAUGAGUGCGUCGGCUACCAGCCGUUCGUGCAGGUGGUCUCUCGCCAGCUGCUGGCCGAGAACUCGCCGGUGACGGAGCCGGUGCCGCCGCGCUCGCGCACGGUCAGCGGGGUCAGCACGGCCAGCACGCUGACCGAGGAGCCCGAGCCGGAGCCGGAGCCGCCGCUGGAGCCGGAGCCGGAGCUGCCGGAGCCGGCGGACGCCGACGGCCGGCCGGCGCCGGACGAAGAGCCGGGUGGUGGGUGCGUGCUCAUGUAGCGACUGGUUACGGACGGAGGGAAACGAUCUGUAGGUACAACGGGCAGCGCCGCCCGGGACGCGCGGGGUUUAUAGUACACCGGGUACAUGUCGGACGGUCGUGCUAUGUGCGAUCGGUCCUGUGGUACGGCGCGCUGCGCUGGCUCAGCGGACAGCGGCCCCGGCCGACUGGCUCACAUUAGCUCAGUUUGGCUCAGCCGGGCUCGGCCGGCAGCCCGUGCUGUGGUCCGGCACGGGGCGUGAAGUGAGCGACGGAGCCGUGCGAAGCAGGCUCGCCCGGCUGUACAUAAUCUGUGCCAACCUGUGAUAAGAGUCGGCGUGUUCCGAUCGUGCCGAGCGAGAGAGGGGGACUGUUUUUAGCGACUGUUUUGGUCGGCGAGCGCGGCUCGAGCGGCCACCGCGUGCCGACAGUGUACAAUACCUAUAGAGUACCAUUCCUGCCGCCCGUUGCCGGCGAGAUUGUUAACGUCGCGUCAGACAGCCGUCCGCCCGGCCGGCGCGCGAGCGGCGGGCCUCUACAGCUCACUCUUGUGUAUCAAUAUUUAUCGACGACGAGACGUUAGAGAGCGGGAGACAGCAGUUACGACUGGUUAUGUGUCAAGCUCGAGUUGAGCACUGAACAUGCCAUUGAAGCGUUGACGAACAUGUGCCGACCAAUAUAAAUGAGAACUUAUCGUA